AUGUCGGGGUUUUAUACCAACAACUUUGACACUUGGACAGUAAGUACUAACGAACGUGCCUCUGUUUGCCCUAUUGCAGCCACCGCCUAUGGAUUUCUGGGAGACGUUGAAGACGGCUCAGCAAAUGCAGCUGAAACAGGAGAGAAUUUGUUGUUUGUGAAUGCAAAUGUGAACAUUUAUCUGUUUCACAGCAUGCAUGAUGGACAGGCCACCGCAGCACCGGCCCAGACUGUGAUCAGUCAGAGCUUCAAUCCAAUAACGGGCAAGGCUACUAGUACCAAGAAUGCCCGCGCCCAAAAGUCCAGGGCAAAGCGCAGAACUAAUCGAUAG